AUGCCGAGCUCCAUGGCAUUGCCGUUGACGUACAGGCCCAUCGCAGCUUUGCCUGCCAUGGGCCAGGCACUCAGUCCUGGUGGCUGCGUUGCGCUGGCAUCUGGCCGGGCGAAGGUGCAACGUCGUCUCAGGACCGCGAGGUGUGGAGGGCGAAAGUUCCCAGAGAUGCUCCGGCGCUCGCUGCUGGCGGCCGUGGUGUUGGUUCCUGGGGCCGCCAGAGCCAAGAAGGCCCCAGACCUUCGGGGCCGCUUCGCCGUCGUGACUGGGGCGGGCAGAGGCAUUGGCAAAGGUGUGGCAGUCGGCCUCGGGGAGCUCGGCGCCACGGUGUUCACCACCGGCCGGAGCCGGAAGGCGCUGGACGUGACUUGCGAUCUCGUGCGGAGGGCCGGUGGUACAGGAGUGCCAAUUCUGUGUGACCAUGGCCUGCGCCUCGGACCUGUGAUGACGCCCAGGCGGGCGCUUUGUUCGGAUGACUUGUUGGCGAUCUGCACCCUGUAG